UGUUUGUGCUACAAUUGUAAUAAAUGUAACAGUGUGGUGUUGCUGUCUUCUCUCCUAGGUGACAUCACACAGAAAGGGUUUGAGAAGAAAAGAGCCAAGCUGCUGGCUUCUUACAUCCCCCAUUUGCCCAAUGUGGAUGUGACUUUGCCAGAUGUGCAGCUUUCCCCGGGCCACAGUGGCGACCCCACUCCAAGUCCAGAGGCCCCGGGACCCUCAACAUCUUCAGCCUCCAGACACCACCGUGCACACCGCAGUGGAGGGGCCAGAGAUGAGCGCUACAGAUCAGACAUUCACACAGAAGCUGUGCAGGCAGCACUGGCCAAACACAAAGAGGAAAAGAUGGCACUGCCCAUGCCAACCAAGAGACGCUCAGCCUUUGUUCAGUCUCCAAGUGACGCUUGCACACCUCCAGACACAUCUUCUGCAUCAGAGGAUGAGGGCUCAUUGCGCAGAAAGGCCGCCCUGAGUGCGGCUCUUGCUCAGGGCCUGCAGAGCCCUGAUUACUGGAUCAAUCGUUCCGUCCAAAGUUCCUCCACAUCCUCAUCGGCGUCCUCCACCCUCUCCCAUGGAGAGCCCAAAAGCCAGCCUCAGCCCCAGCCUGCUGCUUCCUUAUUGGCUGACGUACUAGCCCACACCCGCAUAGAAAACAGUGUCCCUCCAGAUGUCACAGCCUCUACUCCUCAAGACAGAAGUUCGAAGGUGGACCUUCCUCCUGCUGUUAGGGGCAUGAGUCGUGGGCAGAGCCGCUGUAGCAUACUUGAUACUGCUGACGGUGUGCCUGUUAACAGCAGAGUGUCCACUAAAAUUCAGCAGCUGCUAAACACAUUGAAGCGGCCUAAAAGACCACCACUCAGUGAAUUCUUCCUUGAUGACUCUGAAGAAAUAGUAGAAAUUCCCCAGCCAGACCCCAACACCCCAAAGCCCGAGGGGCGUCAAAUCAUCCCGGUAAAGGGGGACCCCCUUGGUGUUGUUAGUAACUGGCCGCCUGCCUUGCAAGCAGCCCUGGCCCGCUGGGGUGCCACCCAAGCCAAAAGUCCUGCCCUUACAGCUCUGGAUAUCACAGGCAAACCCCUCUACACUGUCACAUAUGGCAAACUGUGGAGUCGCAGUCUAAAACUGGCCUACACUCUACUCAAUAAACUGGGCACAAAGACAGAACCUGUUCUACAACCUGGAGAUCGAGUGGCGUUGGUUUACCCUAACAGUGAUCCCGGAAUGUUCUGGGUAGCGUUCUAUGGAUGUUUGCUGGCUGAGGUUAUUCCAGUGCCUAUUGAGGUACCGCUGUCCAAACAGGAUGCAGGCAGCCAGCAGAUCGGCUUCCUAUUAGGAAGCUGCGGUGUCGGCCUCGCACUGACCAGUGAGGUCUGUCUUAAAGGUCUGCCCAAGACACCAAAUGGAGAGAUUAUCCAGUUCAAAGGAUGGCCACGAAUGAAAUGGGUGGUGACAGACACCAAGUACCUGACUAAACCCUCCAAAGACUGGCAGCCUCAUAUUCCCACAGCUAACACAGACACCGCCUACAUUGAGUACAAAGCGAGUAAGGAGGGAACAGUGAUGGGAGUCGCUGUUUCCAAGAUCUCCAUGCUGACUCACUGUCAAGCCCUGACUCAGGCCUGUAAUUACUGUGAAGGGGAGACUUUGGUUAAUGUGCUGGACUGUAAAAAGGAUAUGGGUUUGUGGCAUGGUGUUUUAACGAGUGUCAUGAACAGAAUCCACACCAUCACCGUACCAUAUGCUGUCAUGAAAGCCUGUCCGAUAUCCUGGGUGCAGAGAGUCCACAUUCACAAAGCUCGUGUGGCCUUGGUGAAGUGCCGAGACCUUCACUGGGCAAUGAUGGCCCACAAAGAGCAGAGAGACACCAACCUGUCCUCCAUACGAAUGCUUAUAGUCGCUGACGGAGCUAACCCAUGGUCUGUGUCGUCAUGUGAUGCCUUCCUGAAUGUGUUCCAGUCUCAUGGUCUAAAGCCUGAAGUAAUCUGUCCUUGUGCCACCUCUCCCGAGGCCUUGACAGUGGCCAUACGCAGGCCUGGUGCACGGGGAGCUCCUCUACCAGCCAGGGCCAUUCUGUCCAUGGGCGGGCUGAGCCAUGGCGUGAUCAGAGUUAACACAGAGGACAAAAAUUCAGCCUUAACUGUUCAAGACGUGGGCCAUAUCAUGCCUGGAGCUCUGAUGUGCAUCGUGAAACCAGACGGGUCUCCGCAGCUGUGCAAAACUGAUGAGAUAGGAGAGAUUGUGAUCAGCUCCCGAGCGGGAGGCACCAUGUACUACGGUCUUCCUGGUGUCACCAAAAAUACAUUUGAGGUGAUCCCUGUCAACCAAUCUGGAGCGCCAUUAGGAGAAGUUCCCUUCAGCCGUACUGGUCUGCUUGGAUUUGUCGGACCAGGCAGCCUAGUAUUUGUUGUGGGGAAGAUCGAGGGGUUGCUGAUGGUGAGCAGGCGACGCCAUAACGCUGACGACCUGGUGGCUACCGCUCUCGCAGUGGAACCUGUCAAAACAGUUUACAGGGGGAGAAUCGCUGUGUUCUCAGUUACAGUGUUUUAUGACGAGAGGAUCAUAAUUGUAGCAGAGCAGCGUCCUGAUGCCAGUGAAGAGGACAGUUUCCAAUGGAUGAGUCGAGUUCUGCAGGCCAUCGACAGUAUCCACCAGGUAGGCCUGUACUGCCUUGCCCUGGUUCCAGCAAACACCCUCCCAAAGACCCCACUCGGAGGCAUCCAUAUCUGUGAAACCAAGCAGAACUUUCUGGAGGGAAACCUGCACCCCUGCAAUAUUCUCAUGUGUCCGCACACUUGUGUUACCAACAUGCCCAAACCACGGCAGAAGUUGCCUGUGGAUGUUGGUCCAGCUUCUAUGCUGGUGGGCAACCUCGUGGCAGGAAAACGCAUCGCCCAGGCCACAGGUAGAGAACUGGGUGUAGUGGAGGACCAGGAUCUGAUUAGAAAGCACCAGUUCUUAUCUGAAUCACUGCAGUGGAGAGCCCAGACUGACCCAGACCAUGUUCUUUAUGUGCUUCUGAAUGCAAAGGGGGUGGCAGUGUGCACAGCCACCUGUGCUCAGCUACACAAACGAGCAGAGAAAAUAACAGCCACGCUCAUGGAGCGAGGAGGCCUCAACACAGGAGACAAUGUGGUGCUGCUUUAUCCCCCAGGCAUUGACCUCAUCGCUGCCUUCUAUGGUUGUCUUUAUGCUGGCGUUAUACCUGUGACUGUUAGACCCCCCCACCCACAAAACCUGGCUGCCACUCUCCCCACUGUCCGUAUGAUUAUUGAUGUGAGUAUGCACAAACACACUCCCUAAACAUACAGUGAAAGCCCAAACGUGGCCACAUUAUGAUAAAUGGGUUGUACUUGUAUAGCGCUUUUCUACCUUCAAGGUACUCAAAGCGCUUUGACACUACUUCCACAUUUACCCAUUCACACACACAUUCACACACUGAUGGAGGGAGCUGCCAUGCAAGGCGCCAACCAGCACCCAUCAGGAGCAAGGGUGAAGUGUCUUGCUCAGGACACAACGGACGUGACGAGGUUGGUACUAGGUGGGAUUUGAACCAGGGACCCUCUGGUUGCGCACGGCCACUCGCGCACUGCGCCACGCCGUCCCCAUUAUGUUGAUGUAUUUGGAGAAAAGGUAUUCUUCAGUUGGCAAUGACAAAUGCCAUUAAGUGUAAGAUGUUAUGAUAACCCAUAUGCUCAUCUCGGGCCCAAAACGGGCAUUAAAUGUGUUCCUUAUGUGAUAUUAUCCUUCAGUUUGAAGGUUUGCAGUAUGAGUUUUUGCUAGGGUGUUACUAUUGUUAAAAUUGCAUUGUAUUUUCAAUUUUAAUGUUGUUAAGAAGGAUCCAAACAUAAAGUUUACACACUCUUUCGGGCCCAUUUACUCCAAUUACGACUGCUGUUGUUUAACAGACGCUUAAUUCUGGUAUAUUACUCUCUUUUUUUUCCAUUAAAACCAAAUGAAUGUCAUUCUUGACGAUGACAAGAAUAAAAAAAACAACACUCAUAUCAAACAGCACGCACGCACACACGCACACGCACACGCACGCACACACACACACACGUGUAUAUAUGUGUAUGUAUAUAUGUAUGUGUAUACUGUAUAUGUAUAUAAUAUAUCAAUCAAUCACUUUACUUAUAUAGCCUUAAAUCACUAGUGUCUCAAAGGGCUGCACAAACCACAACACAAACCACUACGACAUCCUCGGUAGGCCCACAUAAGGGCAAGGAAAACUCACACCCAGUGGGACGUCGGUGACAAUGAUGACUAUGAGAACCUUGGAGAGGAGGAAACCAAUGGAUGUCGAGCGGGUCUAACAUGUUACUGUGAAAGUUCAAUCCAUAACCGAUCCAACACAGUCGCGAGAGUCCAGUCCAAAGC